GGAAGCGGAAGCGGUCCCUCCGCAGGGCGGUGCUUCGGCCCGGGGCGCGGCCCUUCCAAACAUGGCAGCUGGCAGCGGCCGCGCGUGUGGCCGCGCCAAGACGGCCAUUGCUGCGCUCCCGCCUUCCCUCUCCCUUUUUCCUGUGUGUCUCGGCCUCGGAGCCGGCUCGGCCGGGCUGCUACCGCCGGCCUGUCCGCCCCGCUGCUCGGCACGACCUCCCCAACAUGGCCGCCCGCUCUAGCCGCUUCCCAAGAUGGCGGCGCGGUGCGGGCGGUCCGUGCCGGAGGCGGUGAUGGCGGCCGAGCGGCCGCGCAGCCUGUUCGCGCUGAGCGCGGCCGCCGUGAGCCGCAGCAUGGCCGCCCUGGAGCGGGACGUCUGGGCGCUGCCCGGGCACCUCCUGCGGGGACUCCUGCCGCUCCUCACCAUCUUCCAUCUCGAGCGGGCCGAGGACGCCGCGCGGAGAGCAGGCCUCUCGACACAGCCCAUCUGGCGCAAGCUGUGGGACGAUGUGAUGAAAACCAGGCCGCCCAACUCGGAGAGCAUAACAUGCUGGAGAAAGAAGUUCCUUGAAACAUUCUUCUCCAACGUCCUCCAUGGUGUCUUGGAUGUUUCCUCUGACUGGCGCCUCCACGACAGUCACUUUUCGCCGCUGCUGCACAGCUCCCCGCACGUUUCCCAGCUCACCCUCUGCAACAUGCUCCAGGGAGCUGUGGAACUCGCUGCCGAGCACAACCACAAAGUGCUUGAAAACCUGGCUGGCUCCCUGCGGGUCCUGAAGUUCCAGCACCUCCUCUCCUGUGACCAGUCCAUCAGGCGCUCGCUGGCUUUGCUCCUUCACCGGCUGAUCCACCACGGCUCUGUCAGCCAGGUGUCCAUGUGCUCCUGGCCUGUUCCCGACAGAGUUCUUCUCGUUCUCAUCCUGACCAUGAGCGCUGGGUUUUGGCGCUCAGGAAAUGCCCUCGCCUAUCACGGCAGCCCGUGUGGCCUUUGCAGAGAGGAGGACAAAGCCCAAAGCCAGGAGUCAACACAGGAGGGAGCAGAGAGGGACUGCAAUGCUGAGCAGGAGGGGAGUGGUGGUGAGAACCAGAAGAGAUCCCCAAAAGAGGCUGAUGCUUGCAUGACCUCUGUCCUCUCUGGCCCCAGAAGUCCUCCCCUGCAAAGCCCAGCCUGUGAAGAGACAAGCAGCGAGGUGCCCUGUGGCCACACCAGCAUUCAGGGGGGUUCUUCCCCUCAUUUCAGCUCAGAGCACCUGUCUUGUCACCCCGUUCCUCGAAAGACACGCAGACGGCAGAAACCUGCAGUGGGGAGGAAACGCCGCUGCCUCAGACAGAGCAGGGGACACUAUGCUGACCCAGAAGAUCUCUAUGAUUUUGUUUUUACUGUUGCUAGAGAGGAUAAUUCAGGGUUACUGGACAAAACUAGGACCACAGAGGGAGAGACCACUGAGAACUGGACUAGUUCCUCCCCAGGAUCUCCAUGCACUGGUCAUGCUGCCUGUAAGAAAAGAGGAGGACCUGCUGGACUCCUUUCUCUGAAAGCUGCUCACCGCUUCCGAAGUGUCUCCACGCUGGAAUUGUUCUCCAUUCCUUUGACUGGGGAGACGUGUCGGACUCUGAGUAAUCUGCUGAGCUCCUGGGUGUCUUUAGAAAACCUGGUUCUGUCCUACAAUGGCCUGAAUGCCAACAUCUCCUGCAUCCUCUCUGGGCUCCGGGCCCUGUCCCGCCACCCAGAGUGCCGCUUCCGCGUGCUCCGCGUGAGCGACAUGUUCUCCCACAUGCCUUGCAUGGAGCUCGUCUGCUGCAUCCUGAGCGCCCUUCCCCAGCUCCACACGCUCUCGGUCAGCUUCGACCUCAAAAACCAGCUGGAGGGCAGCAGGCCAGAGGCGAGUCCAAGCUGCAGUCAGGCAGAAAUUCCAGAAAGCCGCCUGGAGGUGCUGGAGAUCCGAUUCCCCAGGGAACCUCUGCACACUGCGUUCCUGCUGCCGGUGCUCAAGGCGUCCAAGUCCCUCCAGCAGCUAUCCUUUGACAGUGCCACACUGCCCUGCCCCCAGGAAUUUGGGCUCCUUUUGGAGGUGCUCAAAGAGUGUACUUCAAAUUUGAAGAAACUGAGCUUUCAUGAUGUGAACCUGGCUGAGCACCAGAAAGAAGUUCUGCUUUUGCUUCAGGAUCCUGGCCUACAAGAAAUCACGUUUUCCUUCUGCCGGCUGUUUGAAAGCUCUACUGCUGAGUUUUUGUCAGAAAUAAUCAACACAGUGAAAAGAAAUUCAUCACUCAAGAGCCUCAAACUGCCCGGGAACCGCCUUGGGAAUCAAAGGCUGGUUGCCCUUGCAGACAUUUUCUCUGAAGAUUCCUCCUCUUCUCUCUGCCAGCUGGAUGUCAGCUCAAAUUGCAUCAAACCUGAUGGGCUCCUGGAGUUCACAAAGAAGCUGGAAGGCCACAUCCAGCAGAGAGGGGGACAGCUUCCAUUCACACACCUCCGCCUCUUCCAGAACUGGCUGGACCAGGAUGCAGAGACAGCGCAAGAGGCGCUGCGGCGUCUCAAAGCCGUGUGCAGUGUAGUCAACGACGCGUGGGACUCCUCCCAGGCCUUCGCUGACUACAUCAGUGUCAUGUGAGGGACACAGGGGCAGGAGGAAACCCAUCACCUCCUGAUUGCACAGCAGAGCACAGGUGGGGGGUUCUUCCCCAGUUCAAGCAGGACAGAGUUGUUCUUGUCACAGUGCUGUUCAUUUGAAGAAGGGGUGUGACACUGCCAUGACACACCAGACCACAUGGGCCGACAGCUGUAUUUCCAGGUGACCUAACUCUGCCAUCUUUUCAAGUAUUAUAAAUGGGACAUACAUCAAACGAGCUUGAGCAAACAGUUGUUUACGUCACUGGGUGUUGUGACAAAUUCAUGUUGUUUCACCUAAUGUCUCACCAAUAACCAUGUCCAGUGUGGGAGAGACUCAAUUGCCAUCAGGUUGUGGUUCUUGGCAACCAGGUCUAGGUGAUCCUGUUUCUGAGGAGAGGUAUUGGACACUAUCACCUGACAUCCUUUCCAACUUCAUCAUUCUGUGGUCUGUGAAGUAAGAACUCCUCCCUCCACUAAAGGGAGUAGAAAACAAGCUAACAAAGCCCCUAGGCUUGACCUUUUUCCAUUUGGAAAGUUGUACUUCGCACCAAAAAAUUCUUUAUGUACCAAGUAGCUUGCUGGUUAUUUGCAAUCACACUUCCCUUUUCCAGUGUCUGCAGUCAUUUUACAGAGGUUUUGAAUAGUUUGUUAUUUUGUAACAUUUUUAUAAUAAAAUUAUAAUUAAGACCCAUAA